CGGGACGCCUGGCUUCGGACCCCGCUGGCCCCCAGCGAGAUGAUCACCGCGCAGAGCGCGCUGCUGGAGAGGGAAGCUCAGGAGUCCAGCACCACCGACGAGGAGCUCGCAGGCCGGAGAGCGGCCAACGCGAGCAGCGAGAGGGGCGGCGUUGUCAGCACCCCGGACUAUGGGGAGAAGAAGCUGCCACAGGCGCUUAUCAUCGGGGUCAAGAAAGGAGGGACCCGCGCGCUGCUGGAGGCGAUCCGCGUACACCCGGACGUGCGGGCGGUGGGCGUAGAGCCGCACUUCUUUGACAGGAACUACGAGAAAGGGCUGGAGUGGUACAGAAAUGUGAUGCCCAAGACUUUGGAUGGGCAGAUAACCAUGGAGAAGACUCCAAGUUACUUUGUGACAAAUGAAGCUCCCAAGCGCAUUCACUCCAUGGCCAAGGACAUCAAAUUGAUUGUGGUGGUCAGAAACCCAGUGACCAGGGCCAUCUCUGACUAUACCCAGACACUGUCAAAGAAACCUGAGAUCCCUACCUUUGAGGUGCUGGCGUUCAAAAACCGGACCCUAGGGCUGAUCGAUGCCUCCUGGAGUGCCAUUCGAAUAGGGAUCUAUGCUCUGCACCUGGAAAACUGGCUCCAAUAUUUCCCUCUCUCUCAAAUACUCUUUGUCAGUGGUGAGCGACUCAUAGUGGACCCCGCUGGGGAAAUGGCCAAAGUACAGGAUUUUCUAGGCCUCAAGCGUGUUGUGACUGAGAAACAUUUCUAUUUCAACAAAACCAAGGGGUUCCCUUGCCUAAAGAAGCCAGAAGACAGCAGUGCCCCAAGGUGCUUAGGCAAGAGCAAAGGUCGGACUCAUCCCCGCAUUGACCCAGAUGUUAUCCACAGACUGCGGAAAUUCUACAAACCCUUCAACAUGAUGUUUUACCAAAUGACUGGUCAAGAUUUCCAGUGGGAACAGGAAGAGGGGGACAAAUGAAGCUAGAGAUGUGGAGGGGAGGCUAGUGAAUAGCUGAAGAGGUUCCUUACCAGAGUCUUAAGUCCCCUGGGUUGUGCAGCUUCAGUCUUGCUGGAGUGCCACAUAGAUCUCCUUUGUUCAGUCGGGAGUGCCUCCAACGCUAUUGGCUUAGGAAAAGAGGUGGAUCCCAUGGUAUUCCCAUGGGGGAACCAAGUUUGUCUAGGCAGCAGCAUCUGAUUGAUCAGAUGGCGUCUAAAGACAGAGGAUAAAGAUCUGUCAGUGUCAGAGAUGAUGCCAUGUUUAUUUGAGUGACAGAAAAGAAAGAAAGGUCUACUUUAUGGAGGCCCUCACAUUAGUUUGGGGAACCUGGGUUCUAGCCCUGAAUAUCUGGCACAGGCAUUUAUGUCUAAAUCUUUGCUUUGGAUUCUCUCCAGAAAGCUAUUUGUGUCUAGUACUCCAGGACACCUAGGGAGCAAGGUCCUCUCUCUAAGAUGUUUCUAGUCUUCUCUUUAAAGGCUUCAUCCCACAACCUCUUGACUUUUUUCCUCUUUACAUUACGAAGGCAGAGGCAUGCACAUUUUUCACCAAAAAGAAAAAAAGGAAAAAAAAAAAAAAAGCUGACACCCCUGGAAGCCUUCUUUUUAAGAGCCCUCUAAGAAGGAUUUGGUCUCUCUCUCUUCAUGAGUUUCCUGAAUCAUGGAAAAGCUGAGCAUAUGCCUUUGUAUAGAAUCAGGCCCACAGGGCUGCUCUCACUGGUAUGAUUACAGGGCUCUGAACUCAGAGCCCUGAGGUUGGCAAAGAUGAAUGGUCUUAUCUGAGGGUAAGAGAAGAAAUCCAGUCCUCUUGGUCGGAAGUCUCCUUACAGGAAGACCCUUUCCUUCAAGCAGCAUAAUCAUGAAACAUGCUUUUAGGGUGCACUCUGUUCCCUCGGGUCCCCAGACUUGCAAAGCCCAGAGAGUUGGCUUGUGUGUUUUUAUGAGUAAUCCUUAGUGAUGGAAUAGGAAGGGGAGCAGUUACCAUUUUUCUGUUUGCCCACCACAGUCCCCUCAGGGUCAUCUCGUGCUCCAUUUUCUCUGUUCAGAAAUGGCAUAUAUUGAAGCAGUGGCAAGAGGGCUGCCUCCAUUUGCCAGAUCCUAUUUGCAAGUGGUUUGGGAGGGCAAGGGCUGUCUGCAAUGCCUCCAUAAAGGGCUGCCAAAUAAAUUGUCCCUUCCCAUUAGUUUGAUUCGAUUAAAAUGCAGCAUUUGACAUAAAGCACUUGUUCACAGAUCUCUAAAACCAGGACUGUUCAAGUAAAAUUGGAAAUUUGUGUGAGUGGGGGGAGUAAAAUCUGUUCGGCUGUUAUUGAACUGUCAUUUCUCCUGCUAAAUGAAAACUGUGUUGUUAUAAAGCUUAAUGCAACCUGAUUAAUGGGUUUUGAUGGUUUGUUUGUGU